CCUGCCGGGGGUUGGGGGGCGGGUCCCCCAGGAACUGCUCCUCCCGCGCGCCGCAGCUUUAAGAGGCAGCUCAGAGGUAGCGAGCGGGGCCGGAGCCGCAGCCGGAGCCAGCGGAACUGAGCGGAGCAGGCAGGUGCACGGCUGCGGGGACAGCAGCGGCAUGACCGGCCACCACGGCUGGGGCUACGGCCAGAACGACGGCCCCUCACAGUGGCACAAGCUGUAUCCCAUUGCCCAGGGAGACCGCCAGUCACCAAUCAAUAUUGUGUCCAGCCAGGCUGUGUACUCGCCCAGCCUGAAACCACUGGAGCUUUCCUAUGAGGCCUGCAUAUCCCUCAGCAUCGCCAACAAUGGCCACUCUGUCCAGGUGGACUUCAAUGACAGCGAUGACCGAACUGUGGUGACUGGGGGGCCCUUGGAUGGGCCAUACCGGCUCAAGCAGUUCCAUUUCCACUGGGGCAAGAAGCACAGUGUGGGCUCAGAACACACGGUAGAUGGCAAGUCAUUCCCCAGCGAGCUGCACCUUGUUCACUGGAAUGCCAAGAAAUACAGCACCUUUGGGGAGGCAGCCUCAGCACCUGAUGGCCUGGCUGUGGUCGGUGUCUUCUUGGAGACAGGGAACGAGCACCCCAGCAUGAACCGGCUGACAGAUGCGCUGUACAUGGUUCGGUUUAAGGGAACAAAGGCCCAGUUCAGCUGCUUCAACCCCAAGUGCCUCCUGCCUGCCAGCCGGCACUACUGGACCUACCCGGGCUCCCUGACGACCCCCCCACUGAGUGAGAGUGUCACCUGGAUCGUGCUGCGGGAACCUAUCAGCAUCUCCGAGAGGCAGAUGGAGAAGUUCCGGAGCCUGCUUUUCACCUCAGAGGACGAUGAGAGGAUCCACAUGGUGAACAACUUCCGGCCGCCACAGCCACUGAAGGGCCGUGUGGUCAAGGCCUCUUUCCGGGCCUGAGCUGCCUGCCUGCCCAGGCGGCCACUAGAGCACCAUUUUCCCAAGGGCUUCCACGUCAGCAGACACCAAACCAUCCGAGGAUCCCUGCCUGGGGGGGUGCUGUGGACCCCCCACUUCAGCUGGCUUGCUCCUUGGCCACCCUGGAGGAUUCUUGAUGGGACCCUCAAGUCAGGGGACACCCUUCAGCUGGGGACAGGAAGGACAGGAGCUAAGCACGGUCCAAGCCUGAGGCUGCCUCUGCUCUCCAAGACCCAAAGGCCCCUGGGAAUCUCUCCCAUCUUCCCCACUGGCAGUGGCAGCAGCCCCACCCUGAGCUCACACUGUGAUGGACGAGACCGAGCUCUCUGGGGCAGGCGGCUGGCAUUGCCAGAAAGACUCAAGCAAUAAUUAGAGGUGGGCAGGGCUGCCCUCUCGGCGUUACCUCUUCUGCAGGCCUCCGCCAUGCACGCACCUCACUGCCGGGCCAUUAAAAUCAGCACCCAGCCUGCUGGAGAUGACAUGGCCUUUUCCCUCCAGCCACCUGCUGCCAUGGGCAGACACUGGCUACAGCUUCUGUAGUAUCUUCCCUCAGCCCUACCCGGUCACCAAAGCCACCUACAUGACAAUCCAUCCAUGCAAUUAUUAAUAAACUCAUCUAUUCAUGCCACAAA